GGUGAGGUAUCUGCUGCUGACGACGAUCGUUGAUUUGUCCUCUCUGUGCCCGCAGCAGUUCGACGGGUUGGCGGUACGACUUGUUACUCCUCUCGGUAAAGUGUCUAGGAAAACUCAAACAUCAUGAAUUCAGGUCUAGCAGAUCCAGUUUCCUUUGCGAAGGAUUUUAUUGCCGGUGGUGUUUCUGCCGCGAUAUCAAAAACCGCCGUCGCCCCUAUCGAAAGGGUGAAGUUGCUACUUCAAGUUCAACACAUUUCGAAGCAGAUUUCUGAAGAACAGCGUUACAAGGGUAUGGUGGACUGUUUUGUCCGCAUACCCAGAGAACAAGGCUUUUUAAGUUUUUGGCGUGGUAACUUUGCCAAUGUGAUAAGAUACUUCCCAACUCAGGCACUGAAUUUUGCCUUUAAGGACAAGUACAAGCAGAUAUUCUUGGGAGGAGUUGACAAGAAUACUAUGUUCUGGCGGUAUUUCCUGGGAAACUUGGCUUCUGGUGGUGCAGCUGGUGCAACCUCCCUCUGCUUUGUGUACCCCCUUGACUUUGCUAGGACCAGGUUGGCUGCAGAUGUAGGCAAAGGUUCCGGUGAGAGAGAGUUCUCAGGUCUUGGCAAUUGCUUGUCAAAAAUCUUCAAGUCUGAUGGCUUGGUUGGCCUGUACAGAGGUUUUGGAGUGUCUGUGCAAGGUAUCAUUAUCUACAGAGCUGCGUACUUUGGUUUCUUCGACACUGCAAAAGGCAUGCUGCCAAACCCCAAGAGCACACCGUUCCUCAUUUCAUGGGCAAUUGCACAGACUGUGACGACAGUAGCCGGCAUUGUGUCAUACCCCUUUGACACCGUACGUAGGCGCAUGAUGAUGCAGUCUGGUCGUGCCAAGGCUGACAUUGUGUACAAGAACACACUGCACUGCUGGGGGACCAUCUACAGGUCAGAGGGUGGCAAGGCCUUCUUCAAGGGUGCCUUCUCCAAUGUCCUCAGAGGAACCGGUGGUGCUCUCGUGCUGGUGUUGUACGAUGAACUGAAGGCAAUCAUCGCUUAGAAGUCCAGUGACAGUACGCAGCAGCAUUAUAAAUUCCAACAUUCGUGGUCGUUACCAUAUGACGCGAGAUGGCGGCCAGUUCCUCCGUGAUGGAAGCUUAGCUUGAUCGAGAAUGUAUAAUUUGUGGAAGUUAGUGACUUUCUUUUCCUUCACCACCACUGCAUACAUCAUUCAGAGGAACUGUGAUACGCAUUUCAAAUAUAUGGACACAUGUAGGAUGCAAAUAAUGUAAAUUAUCCAAAAAGACUUGUACUCAAUUUUCUGUUGACCUGAUAAACCUCGAACGAUAUGAAUGUUGAUCUAUUGAGCUGCGGGCAGCAGUGUACUGUUUAGCUUUUAUUUGACCCACCCAUUUCUUUUGACUUGUUUGAUUCAACGUCUCUUCAAACGUAAGGCAAUUCAGUUGUGUAUACAUUGUAUACAGUUGUGUUAACAUAAUUGUAAAUUAAAAUAAUGGGUGUUCAACAUGGAAA